AUGCUUGCUACUUUAGUACUAAAUUCUAAACUUGUACACUUUUUUCUUUUACUCUCUCUCUCUCUCUCUCUCUCUCGUCCACUGCUUUAUCGUCUUUAUUUUUUCCUCCCUUUCAAAAGUUCUAUACUUUCUUCCUCUCCUAUACAACACGCGCCUGCUGUCGACUCCUGCUUUAUUUUUUCUUUCCCAUUCGUUCGAUUAUCUGAUAUUUCUUUCUUUGUCUAUUUAUAUUUGUUUCUUUCUUUUUUUUCACCUCAUUUUCUGUUCUUUCUUUCUUUCUUUGAACUAUUUUCUUUUUCUCAUUCUUUUUAUCUCUUCGACUGUCUCCUUUUGCUUUCUUUAUUCUUCUUCCACUAUUCCCUCUCUUUAAACAACCUUUUCUUUUUUUAUUCAUUUUUUCUUUCUUUUUCUUUCAAUAACUUCUUUCAUUCUUUCAAUACCUUGCUUCUUUCUUUCUUUUUCUUCUUUCUUUCAGCACACCUUUCUUUCUUUCUUUCUUUCUUUCUUUUUCUUUCUUUCUUUCUUUUUCUUCUUUCUUUCAGCACACCUUUCUUUCUUUCUUUUUCUUCUUUCUUUCUUUCUUUCUUUCUUUUUCUUCUUUCUUUCAGCACUUCUUUCUUUCUUUCUUAUUUCCCCUUUUUCUUCUUUCUUUCUUUCUUUCUUGUCCACUUACAUAUUGAAAGAUUUCCCCUUUUUCUUUCUUUCUUACUUACUUUCUUUCUUUCUUUCUUUCUUUCUUUCUUUCUUGUCCACUUAUAUAUUGAAAGAUUUCCCCUUUUUCUUUCUUUCUUUCUUUCUUUCUUUUUUUCUUUCUUCAUCAUAAUUUUGUUGCUUGAAUAUUUAGAAAUACGUUCUCUCUCUCUCUCUCUCUCUCUCCCUCUCUCUCUCCCCUCUCUCUCUCUCUCUCUCUCUCUCUCUCUCUCUACUAGCGAAAUUUAUUACUCAGUCAUUAACUGUUCUACCAUUACACCACGUCGAAGCGCUCCCACUUCUCAAGAUGUAUUGGGCAGGUCCGUUACUAUUGUUUGA